AUGGGUAAAGAUGUUCUGUUCUGCAUUCUCUACUGCGUGGUCGCGCUCCUGUACGAAGGGAUAGGAGGAUCCAUUGUCCACAAAAGCAAAAUGAAAAAAGAAAGCAACUUCUUCGUAAAAAAGUUUUACAAUAAUAAUUUGUCCAAAACAUUUAGCCAGGAUGAUUAUCACUUUUUCCGCUUAGUGUUUAUGAAAUUCCUGACACAGACCAACUUUCUAAAAAGAAACAUGACCCUGGAUGAGGUGGUGAGGACAAUGGAGUACAUCGAAUUGGGGAUAAACCAAAAAAGCGACCAUGUGUACAUGACCCUGUACAAUGAAAUUAAAAGCAUAUCUCAAGAGCAGUACAAAAAGAUCUAUGCAAAAAAUGAAGUGGAUGAAGAGAUAGAAAGGGACAUUCAGAGAGAAAUGCUUAAGAGUGUGAAAAACGGCAGGCAAAAAAAAAACGUGCUGGAGGUGGUACCCUUCCCAAAUGAGCAAAUAUAUAACUCCAGCCAAAGUUCCAAAAAGGCCCAACUCCUCCUAGACAUACUCUACGUGGCGAUAGUAGCUAGUUACCAAUCGCUAGACGAGGAGGAAAAAAGAAGCAUGCUCAAAUCCGUGUAUGAAAAUACCCUAAACCAGUGGAUGAGCCUAAACUUUUUACGAAAAAUUAUGCGGUACAAAUUGUCCGUGAACAAGGACGGCAUACUCUUGUACGUGUCGCUGGAAAGGAACACCCCGCCUGCUGCAGCCACAAACGCAAGCGCAAACGUGGCUGACCCGGCCGAUGGAGAUGCCCCCACCAUGCAGCAGGAAGACCUUUACACCAUUGAGGCCCAACUGAAGCACAUUCUAGAAAAUUUCAUACGCGCCCUGUACCCCGACUACCUCGGGCACGCAAACUUUGCCUUCAUAAUUGACAAGUACACCCGGGUGUGCAUGGCCCAGCUCCAGGUUGUAGGCUAUCGAACAGCCAGCGAGGACAAGCUCUGGACUUCUCACUGCGAUGGUGUAAUGAGCAAGUUUGGCGGAACCCCACCAAAUGGACCCCACACACAGAGUAGCCGACACGAUGACGAGAACGACCCCAGCGCGACAGCGGAGGAUAUCCCAGAAAAUUACUUCCACGUAGACACAAACAGGAACAAAAUUAUAGUGCAAGUUUUAAUAACGAAUAAAGAGGAAGUGCAAAAUAAGAUUGAAGAUGACUCAUGCGAAGUCCAACUGACCAUAGAAAAUGUGUAUAACAUUUUGAUAGACCAUUUUUUGUAUAAUGAAAAAUUAGGGAUGUACUACACAAGGCCAAGUUUGGUCAUGGCAAAAUAUCUGUUCGGUUACGACAAAAAUGCUCAAAUAAAAGAUGAAGAAAAAAAAUAUGAAGAUAUAUCGUUGCACUUAUUCCUACAGAUAAAGGGGAAGGUCAAAUUUAGCUUUAAGCAUGUACAAAAAUUUCUUUUCAAAUAUACAAAAGAAUUUAAUGCCCUGUAUUCACUCCAUUUCUACGGAGCAUGUAUAAAACAUAAACACACAGACAUUAUAAAAGUGGUGGGUCAAUUUGGUGAAGGCAUUGACAACAACUUAAUAAGCAACGUCAUUAUAAAAAUGAAAUCGGAAGAAACUGUUGCACACAUAAAAUUGUAUUCAAAAAAAAAACACACACAAAAUUUGGCUUAUGUAUCCACCAAGGAAAUAAUUAAACAGAUAAAUAAAACUGCCUACUUUAAUGUGUUAUAUUCUCUUGUUGAUAGAAAAAAAGAAAUUCCCGCAUUAAUUAAUUGUACCAUUUGCAGGCAUUUUAAAUACCACUAUGUUGUUCUCUUCAUAGCAGCUAUUGUCCCAUCGUUGAUUAUUUUUUCUUUUUUUUUUUUUAUUAUGUACUGUAAAAUAAAGAAAUUUCGGGACAGCAAAAAUAGUUGCUCGAAUCGCCUGUCCCCAAUAUGCCCCAGUUUCUUUUACGUCAGGACAGCCUCGAAUCGAUAUAGGAGGCUCACCAAGACUUACCUCCGAGACAUAAUUGCGAAGGGGCCACAGCCCAAGUCAGUUUUGAAAAACGGCUUUAAGGGGGGCAUCCGCCCGACGCGCCAGCGCGCUCUCGCCCACCGGGUCAGCAUAUCUCCAUGA